AAUUUGUGUCAUUGCUCUAGCAGACGCCCAUCCUGUUUUACAGAAGGGAAAAGCAAUCGAGAGAAUUAGCUACCAGAUCAGCGCAAACUGCAGCAGGCUGCAAAAUAAAGUCUCUGGGAAGUCAAAACGGGGUGCUCAGUUUCUAACAGAACUUGCCCCUCUGUGUCGCAUUUACUGCUCCGAUGGGGAAGAAUAUACCAUAUACAGCUGCAUUCGAGGGAGAUUAAUAGAAGUGAACGAAAGCCUUCUCGGCGACCCGUCAAUCCUGCAGCAGAAG